CGGAGGAGAGACGCAGAUCCUCGGAUGCGCUAUCCUGAUUCAAGACGAUACGAGAGGGGUAUUCAACCGCAUAAACCUGAAUCUGGAUUAAUCGCGACCACGUCCUCUUCAGUUUGUGCACGCUGUGGCGUUGCACUUCACCUGAAGGAUUCUUCAGAGAGAUCAAAGCAAUUCGUGAUCGACAGAGGAAGAAGUGAUGAUUACGGCCACGGUAUCUCAUCGAAACAGCUUGAGAAUAUAUUGCUGAAAAUGGCUUAUAAAAUUUUUUUAAAUCCUGCCGAUAAGAAUAGAAGUAGCGAUAAUUUCUCUCUUCCUGGAGAUAUACUUGAUUAUAUUCUUUCCAAAGAAAAUGGUAAUAUUGAUCGCACAAAACGACAAGACAAAGUCUCUUCAAAAUCCCAAUCGACUGGUACAAGUGAGAGCGGAUUACAAUCAAAGCUGUUGUUCAUACGACGAAAAUCUCCCGAUAGAAUCGCGCGUCAAGAUGAGUCUCAAAGGUGUGGUAGUACAAGUCAAGUGCCGAGAUACGUUACUAACGAACAUGAAUAUAAGACCAGUGAAUCAUCACAUCAAUGUAUCGUCAAUAUAUCGUCUACAAUUUGUUCCACUCAAGAUGCAGCGACGCUUACUCAGGAAAUGCUUUGUCCGUGCGCGUGUGGAUUGCUUGUGAAAGAUGGAACCGAAAGUAAAGUGUCUAUCAAUCCGAUGUCUGUAUUAAAAGACGAACUCAUUAAAACUAAACUGAAAGAGUUAGAUCUGCAUUUAGAUUCAACAGAAAUAACGCAAACAAAAGUACAAAAGAUCAAGAAAAUAAAGAUGCAGAAGCUGGAAAAAGACAUGAAUGUCAAACGUUGGAUCGAGGAAGUUGUACAAUUGCGAUUACAAAUGCAAAUUGAGGAGUUGCAUAAAAGUAUUCAAUUUUUUAAACAAGAAAACGAACAUAUUCGACGCCUUGCAGAAAAAUGUCGCUGUUUAUCGGAAGACAUAAAGAAUAUACAGCAAUUACUACCGAUCAGAGAAACAUAUUCUGAACGUGCAUGGAUAGUUUCAAGAUUUACGACAACGAUUAAGCACUUACAAGCAAAAUAUCACCAUCAACACGGAAUAAUAGCCACAUUAACCGAGAUGUUCCGAGGUUCAAUAAAUAUUCAGCAAAUCGCUACGAAACUAUUAGCACCGUUUAUUGAACAUUGGAACCCCAGUGAAAACAUAACAGCCACUCAUGUACCAUCUGCUUCAGGAGUCCAAGCCGUUUUAAAGCCGUCGAGUUCCAUGGUAUUCGACGUUUAUUAAAAUACUUUUGAAGAUUUUUAGAUAAUCAUAAAUA